AAGCAGAUCAAUCAAUCGUACACUUCAAUAGGACAGCCAAUUGAAGAUAUAUUGAGAAAAAACACAAGUCACAUCAUGUCAUUAUCUGAUAAAGAAUUGUUUGAAUUAAAUAAAAAGGCGGUUACCGAAGGGUUUAAAAUUAAACCAAGAAUCAAUUAUAAUACCGUUGGUGGUGUCAAUGGACCAUUAGUUAUUUUGGAUAAUGUUAAGUUCCCUCGUUAUAAUGAAAUUGUUAACUUAACUUUACCAGAUGGUACUGUUAGAGCAGGUCAAGUUUUAGAAGUUAGAGGAUCCAAAGCUAUUGUUCAAGUUUUUGAAGGUACUUCGGGUAUUGAUGUUAAAAAGACUAGAGUUGAAUUCACUGGUCAAAACUUGAAAAUCCCAGUUUCUGAAGAUAUGUUGGGUCGUAUUUUUGAUGGUUCCGGUAGACCAAUUGAUAAAGGUCCAAAAAUUUUUGCUGAAGAUUAUUUGGAUAUCAAUGGUUCUCCAAUUAAUCCGUAUGCUCGUAUUUAUCCUGAAGAAAUGAUUUCUACUGGUAUUUCUGCUAUUGAUACUAUGAACUCUAUUGCUAGAGGUCAAAAAAUCCCUAUUUUCUCUGCCUCUGGUUUACCUCACAAUGAAAUUGCUGCUCAAAUUUGUAGACAAGCUGGUUUAGUUAGACCAACUAAAGAUGUUCAUGAUGGUCACGAAGAAAAUUUCUCCAUUGUCUUCGCUGCUAUGGGGGUUAAUUUAGAAACUUCAAGAUUUUUCAAACAAGAUUUCGAAGAAAAUGGUUCUUUAGAAAGAACCUCUUUAUUCUUAAAUUUGGCUAAUGAUCCUACAAUUGAAAGAAUUAUUACCCCUCGUUUAGCUUUAACUACUGCUGAAUAUUUAGCUUAUCAAACCGAAAGACACGUUUUAACCAUUUUAACUGAUAUGUCUUCUUAUGCUGAUGCUUUAAGAGAAGUUUCUGCCGCUAGAGAAGAAGUCCCAGGUAGAAGAGGUUAUCCUGGUUAUAUGUAUACCGAUUUGUCUACCAUUUAUGAAAGAGCCGGUAGAGUUGAAGGUAGAAAUGGUUCCAUUACUCAAAUUCCUAUCUUGACUAUGCCUAAUGAUGAUAUUACCCAUCCAAUUCCUGAUUUAACUGGUUAUAUUACUGAAGGUCAAAUUUCAGUUGAUCGUCAAUUAUAUAACAGAGGUAUUUAUCCACCAAUCAAUGUCUUACCUUCAUUAUCCCGUUUAAUGAAAUCGGCUAUUGGUGAAGGUAUGACUAGAAAAGAUCAUGGUGAUGUUUCUAAUCAAUUAUAUGCUAAAUAUGCCAUUGGUAGAGAUGCUGCUGCUAUGAAGGCUGUUGUUGGUGAAGAAGCUUUGUCAACUGAAGAUAAAUUAUCUUUAGAAUUCUUAGAAAAAUUCGAAAAGAAUUUCAUUUCCCAAGGUGCAUAUGAAAAUAGAAGUAUUUUCGAAUCUUUAGAUCAAGCCUGGUCUUUAUUAAGAAUUUAUCCAAAAGAAUUAUUAAAUAGAAUUAGUCCUAAAAUCAUUAACGAAUUUUAUGAAAGAUCAAGAGAACAAGAAGAUGAUGAUGAAGAGGAAGAAGAUGCUGAUAAAUCUCAUGAUAACUUAAUUGAUGCUUAA